AUGAAUGAAGUACAUUCCCAUAGUCCAGACGAUGCUUGGGCAGCCAAGUUCAGCUUCCUGGGCAGUGCGGAGGAGCUGGAGAUGAUCUUUGACUGGGUGGAUGUGGAGCAGAAGGGACGCCUAUCCCUGGAAGAAUUCAGCUCUGGGCUCAAGAACAUCUUUGGCUCCAGCUUGAGCACCCACAGGCUCCACAGAAAGAGGCCACUGUCCUCCAAGAGAGAAUCUGCAGCCACCAGCUUCCCAGUGCUGGAGGAGGCUGACCCUGAGGAGAAGGAGGCGUUCCUUGCCUUCAUCCAGCAGCUGGGGGCAGGCCACUUACUUCCGGAGCAGGCGGACAUCUGGCAGCUGUGGGGGAAGCUGCGGCAGGAGGAACCCCAGGUGGCAGGCAACCUGGAGGGCUUUCUGGCCAGGAUGAGCAGCCGCCUGCAGGAGGCGCGGGCUGACAAGGAGGUUCUGGAGCUGACCCUGAGGAAGCGGGACUCCGACCACCACCGAGAGGUCCAGCAGCUCUAUGAGGAGAUGGAGCAGCAGAUCCGCCGGGAGAAGCAGCAGCUGCAGGCCGAGAGCGACUCCCGGGACCUGGCCUUCAGCUCCCAGAUGCAGGCGGUCUUGGAGGCCAGGGAGCGCGAAUUUCAACGGCUGACGGAGGGCCAGAGGGAGCUGGAGGCCCAGCUGCACCACCUCAGCGGCACCCACCAGGAGGCCAACUCAGAGAACCAGCAGCUUCGGGAGACGGAGCGUGACCUGGCUGGGCGGCUGGAGGAGGCGCAGGGGCAGCUGCAGGCGACCAGGGGGCGUCUGAGCGCCGCCAGGGGUCACGCGUCCUGGCAGGUAGAGGAGGAACCCAGUGUCCCCAGAGCAGGUGACGAGAAGGCUCUAGACGUCCAGGCAGUCUCCUCUGAGGAGGCUACCCUGCCCCGACUGUUUGGGGAGGAGGAUGACUGGGACCAGCUCCUAAGCGACUUCAACACCUCCUCGCGCAGAGCUCUGCAGCUCUCCUGGAGCCCACCUCCAACCCCAGGCCCCCAGACACCCCAAGUAGUCAGGCCGAUCUCCAUCUCAGAGCCACAUGCUUUGCUGCUUGGUCAGGAGGCACCUUCAGAUCUGGCCGGGGCCCCAAGGAGCCCCACUGGGGCGCCCUCCGGGGCCACGGAAGGGAAAGGAGUGGGCCCGGACGAGCAGGACGGCAGACCAGAGCAGCCUGUCCAGCCUCCCAGCCUGGAUCCUAAGGUGGAGUCAGGGCCUGGCCCCGAGGCCCUCCCCCACUGGAGUUUCCCAGGGGCCCCAACUGAGGAGUCAGGGAGCCUGGUGUCAGCUGCCCUCAAAAUGCUUGUUCCUUUGGAGGAUGCACCCCCUCCCCAGGUGAUCUCCCCCCCUCCCCAGGCCCCAGCUGGGCCCAGUGAAGUGCUCCAGGCCUCACAACCAGAUGACAAGAGCCCCGGGCCUGGGCCUGUCCCAGACAAGCGGCCCAGGCAGAGCGAGGCCCUCCAUCAGGACCUGCAUGUCCCUGGGCCUGAGCCAGGACAGGGGUCCCCAGGAGCCCGAGCCCUCACACUAGGGCCGGCUGGGCCCUCCCAGGAUCUGGAGCCUGUGGGUCAGCCUCCCACAGAGGGAUUGGAGCAGGGCCAGCUGGGCCCAGGUGUGCAGGAGGGCCCUCCUGGGGGGCCAAGAGAAGCUCAUGGCCAGGUCCUUGGGCCAGAUGGGCUGCCUGCCCUUUCCCACAAGCAUCUGGAAGAAGAGCCCAGGGUGGAGGAAAGGAAACAGGUGGGCCAAGGAGGGCAAGACCUCAGUUCAGAGCAGUCAAGUGAGGCUCAUGGCCUGAAAGCUGGGCAUUCAGAACUCCCCCAGCGAGAUCAUCUGCCUGCUCCUCUCCCGUGUGACACACCACGGGCUGAGGCUGAAGCAGAAGCUCCUAGCACACGGCCACCUCCCCUGGGCUCUCGCCAGGAGGGUGCUCAGCCUGGGGGUGGAGCAGGGCCCCAGGAGCACACGCAGAGCCCCCCCACCAUGGUUGAGCUGGAAGCCCAACCCACGGCCUCACCUACUACUGCUCGUGCAGAAGAACAAGGCUCCCUUCAAUCCAGGGAGCCCACGGCAGAUCACAGGCCUCCAGCCCCAGGGACUGACUCCAGGGAGGCUGCGCCGACCUCAUCUCCAGGGUCCCCCACCGCCAGCGAGCCUCCCGCCGACCCUGAUUACCUCUUCCAUGUCAUCUUCCUGGGAGACUCAAACGUGGGCAAAACCUCCUUCCUGCACCUACUGCACCAGAACUCCUUCGCCACCGGGCUGACAGCUACCGUGGGAGUGGAUUUUCGGGUCAAAACUCUGCUGGUGGACAACAAAUGCUUCGUGCUGCAACUCUGGGACACGGCUGGCCAGGAGAGGUGA